AUGGCAGAGGCGAAGCCGAAGACUGCAGCUCCUUCUGGCGUGUGGGGAACGGUGAAGCCAUUCGUCAAUGGUGGGGCUUCCGGAAUGCUCGCCACCUGCGUCAUCCAGCCCAUCGAUAUGGUUAAGGUAUACCUCUUUAGAUCUUGUUCUCAGGUCUUUCCUCUUCUUUCGUUUGAUAUUAUUUUGUUGUUCUUCGGUCCCAACCUCCCGGUCCUGUUGAGGACAGGAUCUAUGAAUACCAUUUCUCUGAUGACUGGAGGCUAGCGAUCCUUCAUUCAUUCUGUUCGUCCGUUGGAGGAUUUCAGGGUGGUGGGGCGUUUCGUUUUUGGAUGAGCUUAGCUUUCCGUCGAAACAGUCAAUGUCGUACGAGAGAUCUGAGAUUUGUUUCUACAAUGCCUGGCUCUUUUGAUCAUUUUAUAUUUUCCUUUAUAAUUUACGAAUGGCGUCUUGUCGAGAUCUAGUAGAAUAAUCUGAUUCCAUAACUCAAAAUAGUAUGUUAAUCCACAAUAUGUGGUGCAUCUCGUGAUGUCACGAAAACUCUUGUUUUAUUGCUUACUGUCUCGUCAUGUAUUCUUGGCAAUUGGGCGGAUAACGAUCUUUUUUUGUUCGUUUGUUUUCCAGGUCAGAAUCCAAUUGGGCCAGGGAUCAGCUGUUCACGUUGCGAAGACCAUGGUUGCCCAAGAGGGCUUUGGCUCUUUAUACAAGGUUUGAGCCCCAAACAAUGCCAUGAUCUUAUUGUCUGUUCUAUCUUGUUCCUACAAGCAAUCUAGCUAGUGAACAAUUGUGACUCUUUUUGAGUGUGUAUGGAUUGAUGAUCUAUUAGAUCUAGCUUGUAGUUCAUAUGGGGUACCGUUAAGCAUGCGUUUUUGUUGUUUAGGAUAUGAAUUGGGACAGAACAAUUUCAUUCACAUUUGUUUUCAAGAACACUGCCAAAGAAAUAUGUGCUAAAGUUACUUUUUUUAUCGUCAUGUCUUUUAUCUGUGUGGAAAGAUUAUUUUUCUAAGCAUUUUUUAAUGUUAUGUCUGCAUCUGAGAGAUUCUUUCACACUCAUUCUAGUAUACCUCUUCUCCCGCACACAUGUUGAUUUCUUUUUCGAAGUACAGACUCAGGUUUAUCGGAUAUUUUUCUACCCUCCUAUAUACUCAACUCUAGAACAAUUUACGUCGAUUCUCCUAGUUUUUACUGGGAAAAGGUAGUUACAUUUGGAAACUCGAAAAAUCCUCAUAAAUGAACCUGUUUGCAUGCUCUAUUAUCUGGCAUGACUGAUCAUAUUGUCGUUGAUUGGAGGGGUAGAUUGAGAGUCUCAUUAGUAGCUUGCAGAAUUUUUCUUCGUAACUCGUGAAUUCUGGAUCCCCAAAGCUCUGAUCCGAGAUUCAUUGAAAAGGACAUCCGACAUGGAUGGAUGAACAACAAUUUUAACCCGACUGUUGAUUGUUUUCAUUUUUUAGUUAGAUGUUUGUGAUGAUUAUGCUUUUAAGCUGGGAAAAGACCACAGUAUGAGGUAUUAUUUAAUUUCUGCUAAUUGAUUUCAUGAGGUAUUUAAACUUAGUGUGUUAUACCAAUGUAAAUGUCUUGUCUAAUCCUUGGAAUUAUUAAUGAGCAGUGCAUAAUAAAAUCAUUAAAAUUGUGACUUUUUAAGAAAUAUUACGUAUUUUGAAGUUGAUUCAAAAUUAUCUUUCACUGUUCUGGGAAAAGCCCAUGUGUUGAGACAGUGAUUUUGUGUAGGGCUUGUCAGCUGGGUUGCUGAGGCAAGCUACCUAUACGACUGCACGACUUGGAUCCUUCAGGUGAGUUUGUUUUUCUUAAAUUACGGUUUUCUUUGCACACUUUCACAUUAAAAAAAAAAUUCUAUACGGUACAAUAUCCAAAGAAUAUUAAGCAUUUGUGUUAUAUGAUUUGAAGUGUUCUUGCAAAUUUUCACUUUAAAUAUAUAUAUAUAUAUAUAUAUAUAUAUAUAUCCUUUCAUCAUGCUUUGAAGACUGGACUCAUAAUACCUUGUCCAUCAACUUGAAUCUUUGAAAUACUUCAACACGAUUGGCUCUUAAACCGGAGCAUUUACGCUAAUACAAUUUUUGCCUAAAAGAAAGUCUAUAUGUAUGCGGAGAAUUCCACAUACUAGUGGAAAUACUCCAUUCCGAUACCAGAAUGAGUUUGCCCUCAAUGUUCUUGACAAUAGACUUGAAGGAUACCUGGACUUAACUCAUGUUUCUUUCUUCAAAAAGACCCUAUCACUUCUACUGUGAGGAGUUUCAUUUCUACUAAACAUAGUCACCUAGGUUGAAAUAGUGCCUCUGUCUUAACAAUCUUAGUAUAUUUCCAUCACUGGUUAUGAUUAUUUAUGAAGGGAAGAAAGUUAGACAUUGUUUUAUAACUUCAUUUCGUCAACAGAUGUUCUAUUGUAUUACGCUGAAAACUACAGUAGAUGUGGGACAUUUAAUCUGUUUAACAUGUCGAUCCAUUUAAUAUUCGGCGGGUGAAGAAACUUUCUGUUAUGAUCGGAUCCUAGUUAGGUUUUAAUUUUCCAAAUCAUUUGUCUCACCCUGUGACGUUUUGUGUGAGAAAUUUUGAUCUUUGUUGGAAACUACUUCCCCGUAUAUGUUCACUGGUCCCAUCCAUUUAAAUGAGAUGAUUGUCAAUACAGAAGAACCAGAGUAGAACUUUGAUUUGUACAGAAUGCUAGGGCAUUACGUCUGCAGUUUGUUGGGGUCAAAUCAGACAGAAUGAAUGCUAGCACGCUGUUUCUCACUGACGGUAAAGGAGAAUAUAUCGCCAUUCUUGUUUCCAAGGGGUUAUCCUACUCGAUGGGAUAUCCAACUCAUGUUUUCAAAGGCAAGUAAUGAGCAGAAUUGCCUUUUUUUCGUUUCAACCUGCAAUUUCUCGGAAGGCUGCUUAUUCCAAUGAAACCUAAUCUCCCGGCCGAAUCCAUUCCAACAUUCGCUGAGGUGCCCGUCAAGUUCGUCCAGACUCGGCGGUUUGUUAACUCUGGAUGUCAUAGAGACAUUUAGUACAUGUUUCUAUUAAUCUGGAUGAGAUUUCUUUUUGCUUUAUAGAUUGUUUCCUUGUUUUUGAAAUUCAUUAUUCCCAGCAUCUCUCUUUUCCAUCUAUACCUUUCAUCAGAUCUUUUUUUUCCCUUCCGUGGUCGCGCUGUUUGUCUGUUUGUUUGGUGGGUGAGCAGCUGAUUAGUUGACUAAGAAAUAAACAAUAACAAUUAUUUUCCCUUUAGGGUUUUGACGAACAAGGCAAUUGAGGCUAAUGAGGGGAAGCCGCUUCCUCUUCUUCAGAAAGCAUUCAUCGGGUUGACAGCUGGAGCUAUUGGAGCGUCCGUUGGCAGUCCAGCUGAUCUGGCACUCAUCCGUAUGCAGGCCGAUGCGACUUUGCCUCUGGCACAGCGCCGCAACUACAAGAAUGCCUUCCACGCUCUCUAUCGCAUAGUUGCUGAUGAAGGCGUUCUAUCACUCUGGAAAGGCGCAGGCCCUACUGUAGUGAGAGCAAUGGCAUUAAACAUGGGCAUGCUUGCCUCAUAUGAUCAGAGCGUCGAGUUCUUCAGAGAUUCUCUCGGCCUGGGUGAAUAUAGUACAGUUGUUGGUAAGUCACACAACAUCGCAAAAGCCUUCAUAAUCUCUGUUAUAUAUAUGGAUGAUAAUCACAGCAUUCAUGACGAAGAUCUGUCCUUUUUUUCUUUUUUCUUUUUUUAAAUCUCAUAUAUGAAAAAAAGAAAAUCCGAAGAUUGGUCUGACGCGGCUCGCCUUUCUGGUCUACAGGAGCAAGUGCUGUCUCCGGAUUCUUCGCCUCAGCUUGCAGCUUGCCUUUUGACUACGUCAAAACCCAGAUCCAGAAGAUGCAGCCCGACGCCUCCGGCAAGUUCCCCUACACGGGCUCCUUCGACUGCGCUCUCCAGACACUAAAGAGCGGUGGGCCCCUAAAAUUCUACACCGGCUUCCCCGUUUACUGCGUGAGGAUCGCGCCACAUGUCAUGGUAAGCCCGUCAAUCACCCCCACCGAAAACCCCCCCGUAUCUCCAGCUUUGCCCGCCAACUCAGCACCCCUGACUCCUCCCUCUCCCUCUCUCUGUGCAGAUGACGUGGAUAUUUUUGAACCAAAUCCAGAAGGUGGAGAAGCAACUGGGCUUGUAG